AUGUCGAUGGUCAGUGUCUAUCGUUCGGUUCCGAGUCCGCAGUCCGACUUGUAUCGUUACUCCCGGGCACCAGACUCCAUUGUCCUGCGGUCUCCCGGUAGUCAGGGCGUUGAAGAAAGCAAAAUGGGCCUUUCAACAGCCGCUCCAUCGAUUUUAGCACCUUCGAUUAAAGACAGCUCGCAGCCAGGUCCUGGCGCCCAGCGCGAGGCCAGCUCGUCUUUGGCACUGCCUAGACCUGCGGCCGCACAAUUUACUACCCAGCUGCCGAAGUUAGAAAACAUUGAUCCUUCGCUGAAGCCUAUCACGCAUUUGGAAGUUGAAGAUGCGAAAGGACAGAACCAAGUCUCGCAAACUUGGAAUGGUGGUGACAGCACUAUGAGCGUCGCCGCCCCGUCAAGUCAUGGCCCUGAUAUUUUGGGAGAAGAGAAUGACGAAGAGCUCGCUGGGGAUCUUAGCAACGGUGAAGACGCUGAUGGUGGGCACGUGAAAUCUGCCGGUGAUGCCGGAGACGACAAGAAGAAGUCGAAACGUUUUCGCCUCACGCACAAUCAGACACGCUUUCUCAUGAGCGAAUUCACCCGCCAAGCUCAUCCUGAUGCAUCGCAUCGAGAGAGACUUUCACGCGAAAUUCCGGGUCUUAGCCCUCGGCAAGUGCAAGUGUGGUUUCAAAAUAGACGAGCCAAGUUAAAACGCCUCACAAGCCAGGAUAGAGAUAGAGUGCUCAAAUCGAGGGCACUUCCUGAGCAUUUUGACAGGACGCAAAUGUUACACCAGCCCUACAACUCUAGACCAUCAGCUAAUACAUCCCCAACAUCACCUACAACUUCUCGACCCUCAUUUCCGAGCGGCGCCCCUAAACCAUUAGCCGUGAGCAACAUAACACGCAACCCUGGCGAAGAUUAUCCGGUGUCCCCUGCUAGUGCGGCAUCAGCGUAUGGAAGCUACGUGAACUCACCAGGACUGGCAGAACCUUUUUCUUCAGCUUCCAAUAACCCGGGCAAUGCGGUGACAGCAGGCGGCGCAAGUACGACAUUCUCUGCCACCCAUGCUCUACCAAGGGUGCCAGGAGUACACUCCGAUUAUAAUCGAUCACAUAGCUUUUCAACCUCGUAUGCACCGGGCUGGCAACCAUAUCCGUCGCAGAGGCUUCACUUGCCGCCAUCAGAUUCCGGCAUCAAACCCGAGAACAUGAACUCUAUGCACCGCCCAUCUGCUUCAUAUCCAGGACUGGCUGGAUCCAUUCCAGAGUCACCCUACGAACGACACUCGUCACAAGCAAGCUCUGCAGGUCACGGAACUGCUACUCAAAGUAAUAGCCCUCUACCGGGCAUGGCCUAUCAAGGUGGUCAGUCACAAGGAGCGCAAACCGAACAGUACCCAGCAUCUACCCAAGAUUCACACGACGCUUACACAUCUGGAAAUUAUCGCCAUGUUCUCACAUUACAAACCGCUCAGCUACCUCCGCCACAGGAAUAUCAAGUGUCCCCGUUUACACCAUCAUACAGUUCAUCAUAUAGUUUCGACUCCUUUUACCCAUAUGCGCAUGAUAAUACGUCCGCGGUCAGUUUGCCAGCAUCAUACAUGCGUUCUCAUACCGGUUAUGAGUCUCCUGGUGGAUACUCAUACGACAAUAAUGAUAUGAACAGAAUUGCAACUUCGAACCUAGGGGGAGCAAGGUGA